GAGAGAAGAGAGAGAGAGAGAAAAAACAAAAGGGAAAGAAGGAAAGAGUCCAAGAAAGAGUGAAAGAGACUGAGAGAAGCGCGUGAACAGAGAGAAGAGUGAGACAGAGAGAAGUGGCUGUGGAGGAGAGAGAGGGACAGAGAGUCGCGUGAGUGUGUGUUCCACGCGUGAGGAGUGUGUGUGUUCCAUGCGUAAGACGUCGCGCGAGUGUGUGUUCCACGCGUGAGGAGUGUGUGUGUUCCAUGCGUAAGACGCCACGCUCACACAUGCUGUGUUCCAUGGCCAACUCGGGCUGUGUGCUGCUGUCGGGAGCCGGGAUGCUCUCACACACUCUCCAGUGCCCCCCCGCCUUCCUCUACCUCCCCGAGGGUAACCAGGAGGCCUCCGCCCCGAGCGAGGCCAUGGCGCAGGCGUUCGCCCCCCAGUACCCGCCCCCACCCCCCCAGAGCGCCCUGACGGGGGACUACGCCCCCCCCACCCCUGACUUCAGCGGGCCCAGCGCCGUCCCAGAACACACCACCCUCACCAUCUACACACACACACCGGCCAGCCACGGGGACAACAGCACAGACGCCAACACACCCAGCAACACCUUACCAGCAGAGGAGGUGGCACAGACAGAAGGUUCCCAGCAGCUGCAGUCGGACUCGUCGGAGAAGCAGCAGCCCAAACGCCUGCACGUGUCGAACAUCCCCUUCCGCUUCAGAGACCCCGACCUGCGCCAGAUGUUCGGGCAAUUUGGGAAGAUUUUAGACGUGGAGAUAAUUUUUAACGAGCGUGGCUCCAAGGGCUUUGGCUUUGUAACUUUUGAAAUGAGCGCAGACGCAGACCGAGCGAGGGAGAAACUAAACGGUACAAUCGUAGAGGGACGCAAAAUCGAGGUCAACAAUGCAACAGCAAGAGUAAUGACGAACAAGAAAGUUGCUAACCCCUAUACAAAUGGCUGGAAGUUGAAUCCGGUGGUGGGAGCUGUCUAUGGUCCUGAAUUUUAUGCAGUGACGGGGUUUCCCUACCCCAGCGCAGGGGCGGCGGUGGCAUACCGAGGGGCUCACCUGCGGGGGAGGGGCCGAGCCGUCUACAACACAUUCCGUGCAGCACCCCCUCCCCCUCCCAUCCCCUCUUACGGAGCUGUUGUCUACCAGGACGGCUUCUAUGGCGCAGAAAUCUACGGAGGCUAUGCAGCAUACAGAUAUGCCCAACCAGCUGCAACAGCCGCAGCAGCCUACAGUGACAGCUAUGGACGUGUCUAUGCAACGGCGGACCCCUACCACCACACGCUGGGUCCUGCCGCCCCCUACAGCGUGGGCACCAUGUAAGCAACAGAGAGGAAGGGGAUGACGGUGGGGCAUCAGCUCUAAGAUGGCAACAGGAGGAUGGAUGGAAACCUGAAGACAAAAAAACAUCAAAGAAAAAAGAUGAAAAACAAAAACAACA